UCAGGCGCCCAUGCAUGAAGACGCACGUCAGAGAAAUUGCAUCACAGAUGAAUGGACACAGUGUAAUGCAAUAAAUAACAGCGCAUCGGAAGUGUAUGCUUUUCACGAUUUGCCCAAGACAAAUUGUGGAUGAGGCGACCGUUAAUAUCGGGGUCGCGACCAAAAUAUACGGCUGCGCGCGCGCACGCUUCAGUAGGCGGCAGAGCGCCGCCGCCGCGCGGACCUCCGACCGAUGCGAUGUACCGGCUCGUUUAAACCGAGCUAUAUUUAACCGCUCCCAGUUUAAUAUCAGCAAGUUCCGCCAAAAACAAGCCAUCCAAUACACCGUGAUGUGGAUUGAUCUAGUGCAACCCAGUGGCAGACAAAUGUGACAAAUAAAACACGUGCUCGUGCUGGAAGUGAGUUCUGUUUGCGUGUAACGUUCAUACGAAAUGAAUCCGCCGUCGGCGUUACACAGCGCCAUGAACAGGGAGCGGAAGCCGUUUACGUAUACCCCUGGCGGGCUGGACUUGUCAGAGAUUAAGUCAGAGCGUAUGGCAAAACGGUUGAUGCGAAAUGCUAUGAAUGAAGGUGUUCCUCAAAUCCCAGUGCAGCAAGUGCAAUCGCCGCCUGCGAACACGAUUGCAGUUCCCAACUUCAACUGUCUCCCUGUCCAAGUGUUCCCAACGUUUAACUUACCAGCCAAUCCGAAGUCGUUGCUGCGGACGCGAAGUAACCCAAGCCAGCCUAAGGAACCUAUAGUGCCAAAAGUUCAGCAAACACAGUUACCGAAACCAAACAGAACAGAAAAUACCACCUCAUUUUAUUCACCUGUAAACAACAACAAUGCCAGUUACCAACGACCAACUUCAAUGUAUGAAUACAAUGCUCAACCUAAUAAUUCAAAUACGCUACCGAGAAUGAGUUACGGGAGUACUGACCCAGUAUCUUAUCUACCAGAAAUGAGUUAUGAAGCUGAAUACUUACGUGCUGCUCCGCGGGACAGCAAUGGUUUCAAUAAUCCUACUAUACAACCGGUUUUCAAAUCUGAUAAGCCUUUGGAUAGUAAAGAAUCUGCUUUUGUAAACGUAAAAUUAAAAGAAAACAGUAGUAUUGGAGAGAGCAUAAAACCUACAAAUGCAUUGUUUAAUUUCGAUUGUACAGCACCAAGUGUAGACUUGAAACAAACUAGUGAUAGUAUUAAUACUAAGAAUAUAGCUUUUCCUCACUUCGAGUCAAAUCAAAGCAAUGAUUCUGACAAAACUAAAGCCACCGACAUUCUUAUAGAUUCGGGAUACAUAUCGUCUACACAUAGUAGAGAGGAUGACCUUAAAAGCAAUGUCGAAGCUACUGAUGUGAAUUCAGAAAAAACAAUCUCAUUUAAUUUAAAUUCCAAUGAAACAACGAAUGUUGAAAACACUGUGGAAGUUACCAACAAACAAGACGAUUCUGACGACACGACAUUGACUUGUAAUGUGACAUUGAAACCACAAAGUAAUAUAGAUAACAGUGAAAAUACAACUAAAGUAUCAAUUAAAUCGGAGAGUGCUACACCGACUUUUAACUUUGAGUUAAAGGAUCCAAAAGACAGUGAAAAAAGUGCAGAUGUGUCAAUAAACUUAGAAAAUGAAACGUCAGAUGAUAGUAAUAUCGAUUUGGACUUUUCUAUUGAACCAAUAUCGCUUCCAAGGAUAUCUCCAUCAUUCGAAACAAAAGCAGUAGAAGACUACACAAGAUUAGAAGAUGAACAGAAAGAAGUGAAAGUGGUCAAAAAAGUAAAGAAGGAAAGCAAAUCAGAAGUUCAAAAUGGGGACCAAAACGGAGACUCUGAAGCACAACUGACUGUGAAGCUGCCUACGAAAAAGUCUGCGGCAAAGACUGAAACUAAAGUUGAAGUUGUGAAGAAACAAUUGCCUGAUGGCAGCAUUGAAGAAGUUAAGACCACUAUAACAAAAACCACUGUAGAUGGCAAAACUACUAUUGCAACAAAAACUGAAACGACUAUAAUACCAAAGGAGGAUGAGGAAGAAGAAGAAUAUGAAGAAGAAGAAGAACAAGAAGAAGAGAGUGGAGAAGUAGUCGUUGAAGAAGUCAAAGAAAACGGCAAUGCCGAGGUGACAGAAGAAGUUGUUAUUAAGAAGCCAUCAACAACAGUCCAGAAUGGAGAAAAAACUAAAAUAGUCACAGAAGAAGAACGGUCAGAGACGACAGUUACUAAGAAAGUUGCAGUAGUACAAAAGCAGGAGACAGAGGAGGAGGAAGAGGAAGAAGAAGAAGUUGAAGAAGAAGUCCAACAGAAAGUUGAACCUAAGAAGGUUGAACCUAAAGAAGAACCGAAGGUAGAGAAAGAGGAAGUCCAAGUUGAGGAGGAAGAAGUUGAAGAAGAGGUAGAAGAAAAGGUUGAGGUUAAGAAAGAAGAGGUAAAAGUAGAGGAGGAGGAAGAAGAAGAAGAAGAGGUGGAGGAACCUGCACAACCAGAAAAGAAAGAAGAACCUGAAAAGGCCGCAGAAGUUGAAGAAGAACAAGUGGAAGAAGAGUUCGAAGAAGCCGAAGAAAAAGUCGAGGAAAAGGUAGAAAAGACGGAAGAAUCAAAGCAAAAAGAUGAAGAGUCUGAAUAUACUGAAGAAGAAUAUGAAUCUGAAAAAGAAGAAGUAGUCAAAACUGCACCAGAACCAGCCAAGGAAGAGCCGAAGCCUAAGGAACCUGAGAAAGAAGUGGUCAAAGAAGAAGAAACGAAAAAGGUAAAGGAAACUAAAGAAGUGAAACCCGAACCGGAACCACAACCACAGCCUCAACCAAAGGUUGAACCUAGUGUGCCUUUAAGGGAACCAUCUAUUCCACUGGAGAAAGUCGAAGAUGUAGAAAUCAAACCCAUUGGUGCAGCCUCAGAAACAAUCACCAAAUCACACACGCAAAACACUGAAAUAAUCACCAGUAACGAAAGACCGUCAGGUCCGAUUAGCACCCAAACUGAAUACAACAGAAUUGAAAACAUUGUAACAGUUAACCGCACAACGAAAACUUUAGAUAGCACCUACGAACAACUAACUCAACAAGGUAUACCUACCGUCAAAACUUACUUUGCACCAGGCAGGGAUCGGAUUUCCACAUCUCCUCAGCCUGCGAAACCUUAUCAGCCUGUCUACCCUCCAGCUCCCGCUCAACCUCAAGAAAGGCGUCACAGCUUGCUUCUUGAAAGGCUAAGCAUGGAGCGCCAAGUCCCAUCUUCAGACCUUUAUCAAAACAACUACCAAUACAGCAACCAGACCGUCGACCAGCAGAGACAGUGGUCUCAAGAACCACAAGCUGAAGUUCUUACCGUCAGCAAUGUCAAGCCGAGCACAAUCACCAAUAGCCAAUGGUACCAACAAAAUCAAAGCAGGAAAGAGAACGUUUUGUAUAACAAUGUGACAACUCCAACACCUGCUGCUGCUCCAAGUCAGCCUUGGAACCAAUCCUAUCUUUCACCCCAGACCCCGCUCCCACCGCAAACCCCCAUCCAACCUCAAGCUCAACCCCAAGCCCAAUACCAACCCAUCUACAGUGAUAACAACACAAAUACUACGUAUCAACAGAACAAUUACCAACCUUACACACCCAAGCCUUCCACUUGGGGCAGUAACACUUACAGCACUGACACACAACUUUCUAGCUCAUACAACACACAACAGAAUCAAUACUCUUUACGCAACCAAACCACUGAGUCAUAUCAAAAAUCGUCACAACAGUAUUCUUCUAGCUACGUUCCUCCACCAUGGGAACAAGAUUCAAGCUACGUAGCUGACACCUCAAACCAAAACUACUAUCAGCCACCACCACAAACAAGCUCUUACGCUCCUAGCAGUAACCAGGGUUGGACUCCCGCCCCUCCUAAGAGCAAGUUCUCUAAGCCUCCUCCUACGGCCUACAUACCGCCUGCUCCUAACCAGUCCUUUGUGAAGCAUGUGAAUGCCGUGGAACCUCCGAGGGUGCCUGGCAAGAAGACGUACUACAGCGAAUAUGAGAGGCGUUACAUCACUGUGCCAGAAUCUAACUACAUCCCUGGAGAGAGCAAGUACCAGCCUCAGCCGGAUCCUUCUCCCCAAUACUAUUAUGACAACAACGAGCCUGUAGAGACUUCGGAGCCGCAAUGGCGAAAGGAACUUCGGGAGUUUACUGAGAAGACUUCUUCUCAAACUACUGAGCAGACUUCAGUGAAGCCGCCGUGGGAAGAAGACAGCAAAUAUGCUAAGCCUCCUCCAUCAUCGACGUAUACGCCGACGCCAACGUGGAGUCAAACGCUGCGGCCUAAUUCUUACCGCGAGAGGAGUUUUGAGUCGGAGUACGUUGGAUCCCAGGAGUUCAAGACGAACACUUUGGGUCGCGGUCGGCCGCUGAGUACUUAUGCGAAGAGUAAUGUGGAUCCGAUUCCUGAGAGGGUGAGGGGCGUGUCGGUGGACAGAUACAACCCAAACAGCUACCAGGCGCCGGUGGUGGCGGAGCACCCGCCUGUGCAGACUCACACGCUGGUGCCUCCUGCCAAGAGCUACCACAACCCUAACGUGCCUGCGUACCAUGCCCAGUCCCGUGCUUCUGCUGAACCUAGGGAGCAACCGAUCUACCCGCAGUCACGUCAGUACGCCGACGCCCGCGCCAGUCCCCUCCAAUCCAGAUCCUUCAAAUACCUCCAGUGGAUCACCGGCACAGAAGACUAAGCUUAGGAAAAGUAUUUUUAAGUCUUUCGGUUAUUUCUGAACGGACGCAGCUGUGGUAACUUAUUUUUAAAAAACUUCGUCACGAUCCUAAAAUUCUUCAAACGAAUUCGAUGUGAUUAUGUGAAGCAAAAUACUGUCUACCACAACGCUGGUUUGCAUGUAAGGUUGUAAAAAUUCGACGCAACGAGUAUUUGUAUGUAUAGCUUAAGUUAGCCUCUGUUAGUUUUUUAUCUGUACUAUUAAAUUAAUUUUCAACUUCUUCAAUAAUGUACUUAACUCAAACGGGCCUUAAUACGUACUAAAAUGAGUGUCUAUAAUUAUUAUCAUGUUCUCUAUCAUCGUCUUAAUCUAUACUGUAAUGCGAUGUGAUAUUUCUAUUUUACGAUCUAACCUAGUCAAUGAGGCAUCAGUUGCCCUAGUCUUCAUAAUGAUGUAAUCUAGAACUCUUUGUAAAUGCAUUUCUGCUUCAGUUUUGUAUUAAUUAAGUA